AACAAUCGCUUUAUAAAGCAAUUUCGCAAUAUAAAACACUAUAUAAUACAUUGACUCAACGAUACAGAACAUUUAUCAAACACUAUUUACUACUUCGAGCAUUAAUUAAGGAAAACUAUUUAUUUGUUUCUCACUAUUAAUCAUGAAAUUAGUAUCAGUGGUUAUACUAUUGUGGCUUGAGUUGAGCUGUACAUUCAGUCAGGACGAACCAAGCGGCAAUUUUGUAAAUGAAGCGCAGCGUGCACUGAAAAGGCAUCCGCAUAUUAAUGCGGUUACUAAUGACCUCCAAACAAGAAUAGGACUUGGAAGUGUUUUCUCACCUACCGGUCAGGGUCCGCAGGCGGUUUUGGCUCCCCUGAUAAAGUCCGUGCUGGAUUCUGUGAUUGCGGAAAUAGGAGCAAACAUCUCGGAAGCAUGCAUGAACAGCACCACACAGAUGCUGAAGGCAGCUUUUAACAGGGACCAAUGGGCAUUGAGAAUGAUCGAUGCCAUCGGAAAACCCCCAAGUGGCCUUCUAGACUUCAAUCUGCAGUGGCCCGGCAAUUACGACGAGUGUGUGGAGACACAGGUCAGCGUGUUGGACAACUCAACGGGCCUUGUCUCGGAACCGUUUGCAUCGCAGUACUGUAUAGCUAGCUUUGUGCUUGGUCAGAAUCCUGCUGCUGUCAUGACUGGAGGGUAUAUUAUUGUGAACAUUGGAAUGUGUCUGCCAGAUAAGUGUGACAAUAACUCCGCGUCUCUUGUUGCUCAGAGAUUGGUUCAGUUUAUUCCACUAAACAUCACGAAGUCAAUGCCGCCGCCAGGAAUGGUUUGCCAGGACAAUCAUCUUCCCUGGUCGUCCAGUGCAGUUGCAGCUAUAGUUUUAUGCUGUGUGUUCGCUGUGGUGAUGGCAAUUGCUACAGUCUAUGACGCACUUGGUGGCAAGUAUAGAGAUAAUGGAGCAAUAGAAACCGGUAGUCACAUACGAGAUGGACAUGCUUCCAAUGUUAAUGUUGCAAACGGUGCUGUUUCAAACGGAACGUACCAUAAGUUUGGAGAUGGACAUGCGAACGGUAGCUUCAUAUCAGACGCUCAAGACUUGUCAGCUGAACACGUGUCUCAUCCAAUGGCUGAUUUAACAAAAAAUAAACAGGACAUUCCAGCUAAUUCUACAAAAUACAAGCCAGGUGUAUUCGGUACAUUGUUGUUGUCUUUCUCCGUGUUGUCAAACGCCCGUAAGAUCCUGAACACCAAUCAGCCUUCGCAAACGCUUACAAGUGUCAACGGCAUUCGUUUUAUCAGUAUGACAUGGGUCGUUUUGGGGCAUACAUACGUUUUCGGUUUAGGUGUGGUUGGUAAUUUAGCAACUAUUCUACCAGAUUAUUUCAAACGCUUCACAUUCCAGGCAAUCCUUAAUGCAACUUUCUCUGUGGAUACAUUCUUUGUACUCAGUGGAUUGCUGGUUGCAUAUUUGACAUUGCGUGAAAUGGACAAGUGUGGCGGAGCUAAAAAGUUUAACUGGGGAUUAUACUAUUUUCAUCGUAUAUGGCGACUGACACCCCCAUACAUGCUGGUGAUGUUCGUUUACACUAGCUUAAGCAAGCACUGGGGAGACGGGCCUUUCUGGUCCCAGAACGGCUUCGAUCCUAAUGACUGUAACACCUGGUGGAUGAACCUGCUGUACAUCAACAAUUUCCAAGACUCACAAAAAAUGUGCAUGGGCUGGACUUGGUACUUGGCCAAUGACAUGCAGUUCUAUAUCAUCAGUCCUUUGAUACUUGUCCUCCUGUUUUAUUCCAGACUAGGAGGGGUCAUCCUAAGUGUAGCCUUUGUCAUUGGAAACUUCAUCUCCGCCGGCGUGUUGACAAAUGUCCAUAACUUCUCUGCCUCCAUCAUGCUGCGUAAUGAGGACGAAAAAGGAAACUCAUUCGAGCUACUUUACAUCAAGCCUUGGACCAGGAUCGGACCCUACAUUGUAGGAUUGCUGACUGGAUAUGUAUUGUACAAGACCAAAUGCAAGAUCACAAUGAGCAAGAAAGCGAACAUCACAGGGUGGACUUUAGCUACUGGGCUGGCUAUUGCAGUUCUCUAUGGACUGUAUUCGGAUGACGGAACUAUAAAGCUUAAUAAAGUCACGACGAUAUUCUACAACGCCACCUCUCGGACUGUUUGGGGCGCAUGCGUGGCCUGGGUGAUUUUUGCAUGCGCAACUGGAUAUGGAGGUCCAGUGAACGCCUUGUUGUCAUGGAAGGGGAUCGUUCCACUGAGCCGUCUCACGUACUGCUGCUAUCUCGUGCACCCAAUUGUCAUGUUGACAAAUUAUAACUCUCAACGACAAACAAUGUAUUGGUUUGAUUUAGAAGUGAGCUACAAGUUCCUUGGACACCUGUGCAUGACGUACGGGGUAGCAUUUAUUGUGUCGCUGGCGUUCGAAUCUCCGAUGAUGGGAUUGGAAAAAGUUAUCUUAGGUCGUGCCAAAAAACACUGAACUGAAUGGAGUGAUCAGGGCUAAUAGUCAUGUUAAAUAAAUAGUGCGAAGUUCUCAGUAUAUUACGAGGAAAAGGUCGAUUGAAAUUAAUGCACCAGCCGGUAUGUGCUUUAUUUGAAUUGGUGAUAUGUAACAUUUGUAUAGACCAGUAAUUGAUGCACAUAAUUCACAGAAACAGUUUAUUUAUGAUAAGCCGGAAACGGUACGUUUUGUACAUUCAUUACAGGUAAAUGGUAUAGGGAUGUGUGUCAAUUUUCUUUGAAAUGUAACAUUUUGUGAUCCGGUUCAAUUAAAAUUUGAAAUUAAGUCAUAUUGAAAUUACAUAACUUAAAUGUUUAUAGAGAAAUCAUCGAUUUAAAUAAAAACUGUCCUGUUA